UCUGUUAUUAUUUUUUGUUGUGUGACCUUUUUUUUUUGUUGUGCUUUGAUUGGUGACUGGCUUGGCAGUGGCAGAGAUACAUAGUACAUACGGCAGAGAGAUACAAGAUACAAUGUACUCGUACUCAAAGCAAUGGGUCAUCAUCCAUGAGGCCUGAGCAGCGCGUCAAUCGCUGCUAGCUGUAGAUACUCGUAUGGCCUGCCACUUGUUGCAUGCAGCACUCAUGAUGCAACAGGAAGAGCAGCAGCAGCAACAGCAGCCACAGCAACAGCCACAACGAACUCGAUUCAAGUCUGCAGCUUGCCACUCAUACGCCAUGUGGGCGAGGGGCGUCAAUCGGAGGAUGUUGCAACAGCAGCCAGCCAGAAAAACAGCCGCAACAGCCACAUUAGCCCAUGGCCAAGGCUAGGGCACACACACCCACACCGACACCCGCAAUAACUGCAUUCAAAAGCAACAGCAACUGCAACUGCAACCGCAACAAGAAACAGCUUCAAAAAGUUGAAGAAUUUUUGCUGAACUUAACGAAAAGCAACGCAAAAUGUCUGAGUCACGCCGUCAGUCGGUGAACUUACGGGCGAUGCCCCCGGGCGUUCUAGUCAACGAUAGCCGGGCCAACUCCACCGAUGACAUACAGAUCGCUCUGGCCCCCCACAUCCAGACGUAUCUGAGCCAGACCGGGCGCCGGCACUCGUGCUGCAGCGUCAUGCUGCCGGUGGCCUUCGAGCGGGCCGCCGCCAAGUCCUGGCUGGAUCCCAAGUUCGACUCCCCCGUCCUCGAGGAGCAGUACCAGGCCAGUGUCUUUCCCCACGUUCGCAUGCGAUACAGGUUCACCCUCUCGUACAUCCUGCUCUGCUCGCUGGCGUGGUGUCUGUACUUCGUGGUGGACGGCGGAUCGGAGGACUUCUGGCGGCCCAUCUCCAGCUCGUUCUCGAUGCUGUCCCUGAUCACGAUCAUGGCGCUGUGCUUCACCCACUGGGACCUCUACAGGGAGCACCGGACGCUGACCUCGGCGGUCACCGCGAUGCUGCUGUGCGGCGCCUCGCUGGCCUUCCUCACGUACACGGGCCGGGCCUUCAGUCCGCUGGGCCACUUCGCCAUCUGCCUGGAGAUCGUGCUGCUGAUCUACACGGCCCUGCCCAUGCCGCUGUGGGUGGGGGCGGUCAUUGCCAUCUUCUACUCGAUCGCCUUCGAGCUCGUCUCCCACAUGGUCAUCGGGUGCAGUGCCAUACACGGGGGGGCCGGAGCGGUGGACAGCAGCGACCCCAGCCACAAGAUACUCAUACUGCGGAUCAUGGCCCAUCUGAGCGUGCACCUGGUGGGCGUGCACGUGCUCGUGAUGAACCUGGUCCGGAUGCGGGGCACCUUCAUGAAGGUCGGACAGAAUCUGCUCGUGCGCCGCCAGCUGGAGAUGGAGAAGCAGCUCAAGGAGAAGAUGAUACACUCGGUGAUGCCGCCCAAGGUGGCGGACAUGCUGCUCAACGAGGGCGGCAGCGCCGGCCUGGACUCCGGCGGCAUGCCCCCCGAGUCGCACUACAUGCGGCCGCGGGCCUCCAACGACGUGAAGUCCCUGUUCCGGCCCUUCCACAUGCACAGCAUGGAGAACGUGAGCAUCCUGUUCGCGGACAUCGUCGGCUUCACUCGCAUGUCCUCCACCAAGACGGCCGAGCAGCUGGUCGAGAUCCUCAACGACCUGUUCGAGCGCUUCGACGACCUCUGCUCCCUGAGCGGCUGCGAGAAGAUCUCCACCCUGGGCGACUGCUACUACUGCGUCUCCGGCUGCCCCGAGCCCCGUGCCGACCACGCCAUCUGCUGCGUGGAGAUGGGUCUCGGCAUGAUCGAUGCCAUGCGCUGCUUCGACGCCCAGCGCCACGAGGGCGUCAAGAUGCGGGUCGGCGUCCACACCGGCACCGUUCUCUGCGGCAUCGUUGGCACGCGCCGCGUCAAGUUCGACGUGUGGAGCAACGACGUCAGCCUGGCCAACAAAAUGGAGUCCUCGGGCAAGCCGGAGCAGGUUCACAUCUCGCAGGAGACGUCGAGCUUUCUGGGCGACAACUACUACCUGGAGGAGGGCGAGGAGGUCUUCGGUCACCGCACCUACUUCGUGGUGGGGCGCCGAAGCGACUUCUCCAGAACGAACAGCUUGAGUCCCAGCAUGCCGGCCAAUGCCAUUGGGGGCAGCUCCCUGCUGCUGCCCGGUGGCCAUGCCGGCUCCCUGUCGCAGAGCGCGACCAACAUCUCGGCGGUGCAGCCGCAAGUGCCGCCCGCCUCGCCGGUGGGGCAGCUCUCCAACUCGCUGAACCCCUCGCCCGUGCUGUCCAUCCGCCCGCGGCUCACCUCGCUGAGCAUGAAGCUGCGCAAGAAGUCGCAGAGCCACAGCCGGGAGCGGGACAUCGAGCGGGGCAUCGGCAUCAUGCACCCGGCGGCCAGCGGCAUACCGCCAGUCAUUGUGGUGCGGGAGCGGCCGAAGAUCAUCAUCACCACCAAGUCGCUGCCGGGCAGCCUCGACUCCGACGAUCAGCCGUCCUCGCCCACUCCCCCACCUCCGCCACCGCCGCCCCCGCCACCGCCACCGGCCAAGAGCCGGCUGAUGGUGUGGAAGGUGCCGCGCUUCCUCAAGCGCUUCGAGGAGCUGGCCAGUCGCGGCAGCUGCAGCGGCAGCGGCAGCCAAACUCAGCCAGAGAAGGAGGAUCCCCAGUACCUGCAGCACCUCCAUCAUCCCCAUGCCCUAGCCCAUGGCCAUCCGCCCGAGGAGACCCUGGCCUUCAUGGAUGUCGCUGCACAGAACGGGAACGGAACCGGAACCGGAACCGGCUGCGUCUAUCAGCAGCUGCCCGUCCUGGUGGAGGCCACCUACAGCGGCAGCCGGCUGGGCCACCAGACCCUGGACAUACCGUCCGCGUCCCGGCCCAUGCUGCACCACGCGGCCACCUCCACGGCCCUGGCCAGCAGCGUGCUCCGCUCCCCAGAAGGACUCUCGGCCAUGGCAGGCUCCAGCGCGGGGGGAGCGGGCUGCUGCUCGCCCGGACAGUACUCCAUGUACGACGACAUCAUCGAUGUGCGCUCCUACAUCAGCCAGUCGCGCAGCGACAUCUCGCCCUUCGGCCGCUCCGGCAGCUAUCGGAGCCAGUGCGGCCGCCAGUCCACCAGCGGCGGCACUGUGCUCCCCAUGGAGCAGUCGCCCCUGCCCCGGCCACGGGCCUCCACCCUGGCCACAGGCAGGCCACCGGUCGUCGGUACGGCUGGGGCUGGGACUGGGACUGGGACUGGGGUGGGGGCCACCAUCGAACCCAGCACCUCCAGCACCAGUGGCAACGUCCAGCCCAGUCCCUGCUGCCUGCCCGCCCCGCUGGCCGGGGGCGGCCACUCGCGCAACUCGAGCAUCUGUCCGUCGGCCACCUCGCGCAAGGAUUCGGGCAUCAAGAGCAACUCGCGCCGCUCCUCCAUCCAGCAGCAGAUCUACGCCCUCAACCAGUCGGCCAUCAGCCAGCACCGCGUCUCCGGCUACUUCACCAGCUCCACCUCGAGCAUCUCGAAUUUGAAUGACAUGCAGGGCCUGCCCCUGCCCAUGCCCCUCCCCCUGCCGCUGGGCAUCCCGAUGCCCAUGGUGGUGCCGCAGCCGCCCCCGCCGGCGCUGCCGCUGCUGAUGCAGCCGUGCUCCUCCCAGAUGAUGGGCGACCCGCUGGCCGCCUGCCUGCAGCAGCUGCGCAAGCAGUCGGACCUCCAGCUGAUCCGCUGCGUGCGGGACAACGCCAGGUCGCAGCGGAGCUACCUGGUGAAGCCGCCGCUGCGCGGCUUCAGCCUGUACUUCAAGUCGCGCCAGCUGGAGCGCGACUUCCGCUCCAAGGCGCACCGGUUCGGGGCCGAGAACGAGACCGAGGGACCCCCCACACUGGCCACGCCCCGCUACAACACCUACAUCGACAUCUUCGUGGGCAUCGCCGUCUACCUCUGCAUCUCGGUGUCCCUCUUCCUGAUGACCCAGAACACGGUCACGCCCAGCUUCCGGCUCUGGGUGACGCUCUUCUCCUGCUUCACGGCCAUCCAGGUCUUCGCCCUCUUCCUGUUCACGCGGCAGAUGUGUCGCCGGCAUGGCACCGGCAGGGCCAGCAGCAGCAGCCGCUUCCGUCUACGCUCCAAGUCGACCACCAGCGAGGAUAUCGACGGGGAUAGGGAUGGAGAUGGACGUGGACGUGGAGAUGUUGAGGCGGGCCUGAGGAGGGGCGGCAGCAGGAGGGGGCCCCAGUUCCGGUCGUGUGCGGACCGCAUCUUCGAGGCCAUCUCCAGCUGGUAUCCGUGGCACAUAUGCCUGGCCGUGCUGAUGGCCAUGCCCGUGCUGCUGAUCAUCGCCAACUUCCUGCUGCUGGACCUGGAGCAGCUGGAGGCCUUCGAGUACCACUACGGCUUCCUCAUCUUCGUGUGCAUUGUGCACUUCUGCAACUUCACGCAGCUCAACUGCUGGGUGCGCAACAUCCUGGCCUUCAUGGCCGCCCUGUGCUUCAUCGGGAUCGCCGUGUCGCAGCUGAUGGUCUACUCGAGCCGCAGCGACCAGGCCGACUCGGAGGAGGAGGUGCAGUCUCAGGAGGAGGCAGGCAGCUCUGGCUCCGGCUCCUCGUACAUCUUUGAGGAGAUCAAGUGGUUCCACGACUACCACGUGGAGAUCUACCUGGACCUGCUGCUCAUCCUGGUGCUCGUGUGGUUCCUCAAUCGCGAAUUCGAGAUCGGCUAUCGGCUGACCUUCUACGGGAACGCGGUGGCCAACCAGGACAAGGUGCGCGUCCAGAACAUGAAGAACCAGGCGGACAUGCUGCUGCACAACAUCAUUCCCAAGCACGUGGCCGAGCACCUGAAGAACACGGCCAAGUACUCGGAGAACCACCACAACAUCGCCAUCAUCUUCGCCUCCAUCGUCAACUUCAACGAGAUGUACGACGAGAGCUAUCUGGGCGGCAAGGAGUUCCUGCGCGUCCUCAACGAGCUGAUCGGGGACUUCGACGAGCUGCUGUCCCGUCCCGAGUUCCGGGCCGUCGAGAAGAUCAAGACCAUUGGGUCCACAUUCAUGGCAGCCAGCGGGCUGGAUCCCUCGCACCGAGGCUCCGGCGAUGAGCACAUCCACACACUCAUGGAGUUCUCCAUUGCCAUGCAGGAGGUGGUGGACGCCUUCAACAAGGAUCUGCUCGAGUUCAACCUCAUCCUGCGCAUCGGCAUGAACAUUGGCGAUGUGACGGCGGGAGUGAUAGGCACCAGCAAGCUGUACUACGACAUCUGGGGCGACGCCGUCAACGUGGCCUCGCGCAUGGACUCCACGGGUCUGCCGAACCGCAUCCAGGUGGGCAAGGACUGUCUGCCGUUCCUCACCGCUCGCUACGACUUCGAGCCCCGCGGCAGCGUUUAUGUCAAGGGCAAGGACCACAUGGAGGUCUUUCUCUACACGGAUCGCCGCAAGAGCCAGCUUCCAGACGAGGCUCUGCCAGCGAGGCAGCAAGCACAGCUGGAUGAUGAGGAUAAGCAGCAGCUGCAGCAGCAGCUAAAGGACAAUGGGGGCGAGCGGGAGCAGGAGCAGGAGCAUGAGCGUGAGCAGGAUAAGAAGGAGGUUGAGGUUGAUGAUGAUGAUGAUGAGGAGGAGGAGUUUCAGUCGAGCGAGACCACAACGCUCUUCAAGUCGCAGGAGUCAAUACAGCCAAAUGGCGGCAACUACUUCACGACGACGACAACGGCCACGGUAACGCUAACGUUAACGAGCCCGCCAUCCUCCCCGACAGUGGAACCGUAGACAGUGACGAGCGCGGACGACUCUUGGCAGCAAGCACUUGAAAAAUGGUUUCAAAAUUGCAUUUAAUGAAUCUACAAGGCCAAGGAAGCAGCAGCAGCAGGAGCAGAAGCAGAAGCAGGAGUGGUGUGGUGUGGUGUGGAAUGAGCAGCUGCAUGCCAAGAAGGAGCUUAGUCCAAGGGUGCUAACGUCAGACAAAUGGCUGAAAGGGUUGGUGUUGGAGUUCGGUUUUCCAAAUAGAAGAGCGCGGGGUGGGCAGGGGGGUUUUCGAACUGCGGGUUGGGGGUUUCCGGAUAAAGAAGGACAAACCAUGAUUUUGUGAUAUGUAUGUAACUAAAAGAAUAUGAAUAUGAAUA